CCGGGCUUAAAGAACAGAAAAAAGAAAUUAGGGCUGAACCGGUGAUAGCCGAAGAGUGUGGUGUGGUGAGAGAGUCUGUGUGUUGGUGUGCUGGUAGCAAUGGCUGAAGAGGAGCUUGGCGGUUUCAGGAUUUACAAUUCCAUGACUCAGCAGAAAGAGAUCUUCAAAACCAAAACCCCUGGUAAGGUUUCCAUGUACGUUUGCGGAGUGACUGCCUACGACUUCAGCCAUCUCGGCCACGCUCGUGCCGCGGUUUCCUUCGAUAUCCUCCACAGGUACCUUAAGCACUUGGGCUAUGAAGUAACAUAUGUGCGGAAUUUCACUGAUGUUGAUGACAAGAUAAUUAAGCGAGCAAAUGAGACCGGGGAGGAUCCAUUCAUGUUGAGUAAUCGUUUUUGCGAUGAAUAUAAUAUUGAUAUGUCUGAUCUUCAGUGCGAGACACCAUCUAAGGAACCUCGUGUUUCUCAACACCUUGAAGAGAUAAAGGACAUGAUAACCCAGAUUAUCAACAAUGGAUAUGCGUAUGAAGUUGAGGGCGAUGUUUUCUAUGCUGUUGAUAAAUGUCCAAAUUAUGGCAUGCUUUCUGGACAAAAGCUAGAACACAACAGAGCUGGGGAACGGGUGGCUGUGGACUCGAGAAAGCGUCACCCAGCUGAUUUUGCUUUAUGGAAGGCUGCUAAACCAGGUGAGCCUAGUUGGGACAGCCCUUGGGGUCCUGGAAGACCUGGGUGGCACAUCGAAUGCAGUGCAAUGAGUGCUUGUUAUUUAACUCAUAAAUUUGAUAUUCAUGGUGGUGGAAUUGAUUUAAUAUUUCCUCAUCAUGAAAACGAGAUCGCACAGAGCUGGGCUGCUGACAAUGAGAGCCAUGUCGGUUAUUGGAUGCAUAAUGGCCAUGUCACUAAUAAUAAUGAAAAGAUGUCAAAAUCCUUAGGCAACUUUUUCACCAUUCGCCAGAUCACUGAGCGUUACCAUCCACUUGCUUUGAGACACUUUUUAAUUAGUGCCCAUUACAGGUCUCCACUAAAUUACUCUAUCUUACAGCUGGAGAAUUCAUCAGAUGCUAUUUACUAUAUAUUUCAGACUCUUCAAGAUUGUAAAGAUGCUUUAUCACCAUUUCUUCAAGAAGGACCCGAGAAGAAUGAAAAGGUGCCUCAAAUUAAUGAGGCUGCCAAGGAGUGUAUUAAGAAGUUGAGUGUUGAGUUUCAAACAAAAAUGUCAGAUGACUUGCAGACGCCAGUGAUACUAACUGGUGCUAUCCAAGAGGCGUUGAAAUUUGUGAACAGUUCAUUGAAGAUGUUGAAGAAGAAAAUGCAGAAAAGAGCACAGUUGCAAUUGAUUCAAUCCUUACAGGAAGUUGAGAAGGAAGUUGCAAAAGUUUUGGACGUACUUGGAUUAUUGUCCUCUAAAUCCUAUGCUGAGGUUCUGCAGCAGUUGAAAGAGAAGGCAUUGAAGAGAGCAGGUCUGGCAGAAGGUGAAUUGCUACAUUUGAUAGAAGAAAGAACUCAAGCUAGGGUUAAUAAGGAUUUUCUCAGAAGUGAUAAGAUUAGGACUGAUUUGACUGCAAAGGGCAUUGCACUAAUGGAUGUGGGCAACGAAAUAAUUUGGAGACCAUGCAUCCCGAGUGAACCAGUUGUUGGGGACCAGAGGGCACCUGUUGUUGAAGAAAAGCAGUCCAUACCUGCAGUAUAAAAAAGGGUAAGAAAUACCAGGGGAUCGAGAAGGCAAUGACUCUCGUACAACCUAAAGGUAGAGUCAAAGUCCCUCCUUAGCUAUUAUGAUUAAUACAGAAAUGUUAUAAUUUAUAAAAUACUACACGAGGCUUGAAUAUUGUAUAUCAGUUGAAGGUUAUUUAUGACCAUACCUAGUAGUCUAGGACUAGAAUAUUUUUUAUACAUUUCUCAGGUUGGGUCUUUUUCGGUCCUGUCUGUGGAUUAGUUUAACUGAUUUGACAAUUGCAUGAACAGUAGUGCUCCAUACGGAGAUUUUGUUUUUGAGUCUCAGAUUGGGUUUUUAGCUCUUAAUUUGUACUACAGAACGCCGAAUAUUUUUUCAAGAAUCUGGAGUCUGAUUAUCUUUUA